AGGCUCGAGCAACUCGAGCGGCCCCUUUUUCCAACGCGCGCGGUCGCGGUAGCAACUUCGAUGCCCACGGCGAACGUCGUGGGUUUUUCGACGUGAUGGAACUGUUAGACUCGUGAGCCUGAGAGCUGAAGAGCCGAGCCGGACACUUCGAUGAAGCCACUGCCGCAGCCGCACGGCUUUCCGCUGCCGAAGUCCAGUGGCAUUCUUUUUCCUGCGCCCGGCGUUGUCAACGGCUACGGCACUCCCCACCCGCUCGGGGUGAACGCUGUGAACGCCUGGCCGAACCCAUGGAGAGCGAUGCCGAAUCCACGGGCUCCGGGUCCGCCACCGUCAGCCGCUCUCAGCUGUCCACACUGUGGGAAUGUGUAUGCCGGCGACUCCCGCUUCUGCCGAAAGUGUGGGAAACCCCGUGCGAUGGGAGCGGCAAAGCUGGGACUGGUGCCCGGGCAGAUUGCGCUGGCACCACCGCAGACUGGUCUUCGACUGUCCAAGUCCACUGGGCACUUGCAAAAGGAGAUGACUCAACAUGUGGUCUCGCGCCAAGCCUCUGGGGCCGGGGUGGUCACCCGCCAAGCGUCCGGUCCGACAACGGCAUGUUGCGUACAGCGACCAAUGCCCUUGGUGCGCGAGGUGGUUGAGCUGGCCACUUCGGCUGCAGCUCCCUCCGUGGUCACCUCGCCACUGGCGGAACGGCGGCGGUCCUCGGUGGUGCUGAGAGAAAAGCCUGAGAUCCAGGAGGUAGAGAAGGUGGUCGAGGUGCCGACCAUCGCCUUGACUGAGAACCUGGUGGAGGUUCCUGUCUCCUUGGUUCACGAGAAGGUGGUGGAAGUGCCAGAGGUGCAAGUGCUUGAAAUCAUGAAGCAAGUUCCAAAAGUGGAAUAUCAGGAGAGAGUGGUGCAGGUGGAGAAAGUGGAAGUGGAAGGAAAAUACCAAGAAGUUCAUGUCCCUCAGGUGAUGCAUCAGGAGUGUUUGGUGGAAAAGCCUCAGCUCCAAGCGAUCGACCUGCUGCGUGAGGUUCCCAAAGUGCAAGUGAAGCGUACAGCCAAGCACUUCGCCAAGCCGAUGGUGCAGUGGAAAGAGAGCAUCCGCGAGGUGCCAGCGACCACGGUGAGGGAGCAACUGCAAGAGGUGCCACUGAAGAACCUCGUGGAGGUGGUGAAAGAGGUUCCAAGGCCAGAGCUCCAACGGAUUGAGCGCACGGUCGAGGUACCCACGAUCCAAUUACAGGAGCGUCUGGUGGAGGUUCCUGCGGUGGACAUCUGCGAAGAACCUAAAGAAGUGCUGAAAGUGGAGUUACGUGAAGUGGUGCGACAGGUGCCAAAAGUGGAGGUGAAGUAUGUGGAGAAGAAGGUCCCAAAACAAGUGAUUCAGUACGUGGAAAGAACCGUGGAAGUGCCACAGGUGAUCUACGAGGAAGUCAUCGUGGAAGUCCCUGAAGUCGAAGUGAAGGAACUGGUGAGGCAAGUGCCGGUGCCCGUGGUGCAGUACAUCGAGAAGCCGAUCCCCAAGCGAAGCCUUCGUGCGGUGGAGAAGGUGGUGCACGUGCCGCAGGUUUUGCAUGAGGAGCAGGUUGUGGAGGUGCCACAAGCCAUGGGAGUCGAGGUUUGUGUCCAGGUGCCCAAGGCGCACUACACAGAGGUGCCCAAGGAGUUCCCGAAGGUCGUCUUGGAGCCGCGAGAAGUGGCCGUCGAGGUGCCGGUGCUCGUUCGUGAGGAGCGCCCCGUGGAGGUGCCUCAAGUGCAAGCUGUGCAAUUGGUCCGACAGCGGCUCUGCCCAACCUCGCAGACGGUGGAUAAGCCCGUUCCCUUCAUCCAGACGCAAGUGAAGGAAAAGCAGGUCCAGGUGCCAGUGCUUCUGCAAGAGGAGGCCAUCACUGAAGUUCCACAGCAGCUCAAUCCCAGUUGGCUUGGCAUUCAGAGGUUUGGUCAUGAGCUUAACACACUUGCUGGAAGACUUCAACCAGGUGCGAUUCUAUAGUUGUUCAAAUGGCUUGGUCGAAAUGGACAUGUUCUUUUGCUUCGCAGACCUCACAUCCUCAAUUGAACAGCCGGUGGGUCAAACAUGGUCAAAACAUGGCCCCAGUUGGGCGUUCCUUCAGGCCCAAGGGGCGAUUGUAGUGGAAAGAGUUUAGAUGGCCCAUGCACUAAAUAACUAUUCCAAGGGCCCCCAUGGGUUCCUGGAAUAAUUUUUGCAGAAUAAUUUUGGCGAAAUAAUUUUAAGGGGGAGCGGGGUGGAGGGGCCCUUCAACGUUGUCGUGAAUAAUUUUCCAGGCAGAUCACAUGGCUUGUUCAAAUUCAUUUGUGUUCCUGAACAGCGAAAAUGAACCAUGGAUAGAAUCCAGUAGCAAAAAG